AUCUACAUAACAUCAUCAGCAGCAGAUUGCCUCACGUCAGUCCCAUCACGCGGUGUUCAGAUCGGUUCAGAUCAGCACACGGAGAGCACGGAGAGCCUGCGCACCGCCUCGGUCCACAGCUGUGUUACAAACAAAUAAAACGGUGUCACAUGAUUGUUCGGGAGUAUUAGCGCUCUAAACACACAACAAGAUGGCAUCACACCCGGGAGGAGGCGAUAAAGGAAGUACAACAGAUCAGAUACUGGAAGUGGGGGCUGUUUUAUUAAAAGAUUUCAUCUAUGAGCGGGUUCGGCGGCAUGGAGACAAUAACAUGACAGUGACCAGGGCACAGCUGGGUGGAGGAGAGCUGUGUGACCCAAACCACAAGAAGCUUGCCCAGUGCUUGCAGCAGAUUGGGGAUGAGCUGGACGGACAUGUAGAGCUUCAGAGGAUGAUAAACAGCUCUUCACUCACUCCCACCAAAGACGUGUUUGUGAGAGUCGCCGUAGAGAUUUUUUCGGAUGGGAAGUUCAACUGGGGCCGAGUGGUUGCCCUUUUUUACUUUGCCUGUAAACUUGUCAUCAAAGCUCUCGUCACUCAAGUCCCUGAUAUUAUCAGAACGAUCAUCAGCUGGGUCCUGGAAUACCUCCACGAAAAUGUGAUCAACUGGAUCAGGGAGCAAGGUGGCUGGGAGGGUAUUCGGUCCCACUUUGGCACCCCCACAUGGCAGACAGUAGCGGUUUUCUUGGCUGGUGUUCUCACCACUGUUCUAGUCAUUCGCAAGAUGUGAGGAGUUCGAGGAGAGCAGACACAGGAAAGACAGGAAGAAUACCGACUGACAGAAAUGGAGAAAUGGACAGAAAAUCUGAAAGUAAACAGAAGGAAAUUAUGGCAGAAGGAAUGAGUGGAUCAAGAAGAAUCUGUAUUUGGGCACAAAGAGUCUCCAUUUCUGCCUCCCUUUCAUUUCCAAGACUGGGAGUGAGACUGAACGCACCGUCGUACCCAUGAUCCCUGUGCCACUGAGGGAGUGAGCAGUGCAUGACUGCAUGCACAAAGCAGAAGGGGUGGAGAGUUGGUCAGACUUGAAAAAGGAAAGCAUUUUAAGUAAUUUAUUUUUUACUUAGUACAGAUUUAAAAAUGUCACUGCUCUUUGUUGUCUGCCCUGAACGAUACAUGGGUUGAAGAAGUUUCAUUAAGUUAGUUUUCUCUCUGCAUUAUUUUCACAGUUUGCUUUUCUGACUGUCCCUCUCUCUCCAUGCAUCUCAUUACGGUGUCUGCUAUCUUCAGAUGUGUAAAUGGGUGACGGUAUAAAUCUGUAAAGAUCAGCUGGCAAUGAAAUGUUUAUGGGGUGGGUCAUUUUCCAUCAAGUUAAAUUAAGAGAUUUUUGCAAACAAAUGAUUAAAUAUACGAAGAGGAUGAUGUUAAUGAAGGGAUAUUACACAUGUGAUAGCAAUUAGGCUCAAGCAACACCAAAUAUAUCCCUCCGUCAAUGCACAGCUCAACCAUAUGUCAGUGGACCGAUAAAGUGCCACAGCAGGGAUUUGUAUACAAAGAUCACUUUACAUUCAACACAAAUCACCAAAUGUUAAAAAAGUCACAUGAAGUGAAUAAACUAAAAUCUUAUGUAACAUUGAAUCAUAUGCUGUCUUCAGGCAUCUGACCGUCAUUGUGACCUUAAUGUGGCUCCUACUUCAAAAAAAGUCUUGCCUUUUGUUUGUCCUGCUUAGAAGCAGGCUCAUGAUAUGAACAGACAUUUCCUCUGGUCGGUGGAAGAGGUAGCUCUGCAGACACAGAUAGCACUGCAUUGCUCAGAGAUGCUUACCUCACUCCACACAUUUUCAAAGUACUGUAUUUUAAUGUGAGUAAUUCAACCUGCAAUCAUAUCAACGCAGAAAACAGCAUUUUAUACACUAUUCCUUGUUUGUCAGUGCCUUGGUGUUUCUUUUUUUAUUUACAGUGGAAUCACUUUGAUAUCCUUCCCCUUUUUCUAUCACAUUUGUAAAGCUGAAAUCUUUUUGCAGUGACCCUGUAUGUUGUAAUAUGGAAAUAAAUUUCUAACUCUGUUAACAGUG